CAAUUAUUUCUGUGGCCCAUAUUGUGUGUGAUACCCGUACAUGAUUAUCAUAGUAACAAAAAUCCCAACUCCCUAUACAAAAAAGAAUAUUGCAGUGGCAUAGCAACCGAUUGUUAUAUCAAUAAUUUCUAAUUUCAUCAACGACAUAGUGACACAGGGUAGACUUUUGGCGUCACCCACUCGUCAAAAUGGCUAAAAAGGGCCAAGCAGUUCAAUUGCAAACAGAAGUCAGCAAUGAUGAAGAAUGGGAUAAGCUUUUGCAAAAAGAUGGACUCAUCGUGGUGGAUGUGUAUUCUGAUUGGUGUGGACCUUGUCAAGGCAUGGCAGCCAAUCUGAAAAAACUGAAACUGGAGUUUGGAGGAGAUAUGCUUCAACUGGCGAUGGUACUAACAAAUUAUCCUAAUGCUUGAAAACGCCCCAUCUUUUUUAUUUCAGGCGAAAUGUGAUAAUAUAACAGCCCUGGAAAGGUUCAGAUACAAGAGUGAACCCACAUGGAUGUUGAUUUCUAAAGGAAAAAUGGUGAGUCUGAUGUUUGGUGCAGACGCACCAAAACUCACUAGACUCAUCAUGGAAGAACUCAAAAACGAACAACUGGUCGCCAGCGGUGAAAAAAUUCGGGAAAACAUAAUGGAAAUAACCGAGAUGACGGAAGUAGAACUGACAAGAAACGAAGAAGCAGAUAGCGUCACCAGAAAAGCCAAAGAAAAAGAAAACGCCAAACGAGCAAAAGAAAUACACGAUAGAAAAGUAGAAGAAUGCCACAAUAUCCUCAACAACUUGCACAGUUUCGGCGUCGUUUUAAUUUUCCCCAACGCCAGAGAAAAGUACUGGGAAGUAAUGGCCGACACGAUACAAGAAGCUGGCCUAGCUGUCCAUCAAACCGAGAAGGUCAAACUCAAUAAGGAUGCAGUCGAAGAUAUGCUGUACUUCUGUGACAACAAAUUGUCGCCAAAAAAUAUCAACGAUUUCUCACAAAACAGAGUUUCGAUAGCACUUUUGAUGAAGCGCAGCUCCGAACACUUAUCUGGGGAAAUCGACGAAGUGGUUCUGCAAAUGGUUUACGGAAAUAGCAGAAAACCACCUGGGGAUGGAAAAUCCCCUAGCCAGAGAUUGAUGCCCAAACCUGACAAUGUCGAAGAAGAAGAAGAAAAUAUACUCAUUGGUAUUUGGGCACCUCCCAAUAAUCUCAGCAAAGCCCUAGCCUUGAAACACCUGUUUCCUAAUCUAUCAGCUCCUUAUAAAUUCCCUGAAGUGGAACCAUCGCCUUUUUAUGUGGCAGUUGGCUAUGACGCUUUCAAAGCACCAGAAGUCAUGGAACUGUCUGAAAAAUACCCCGGUCAAGUUAUGGCUAUGGGAUUUUUCACCAGCGAUAUACCACCUGCAGCUCAACUUAUCGCCAAAACAGUAAAAGAAUUCGAUGAAAGAACUGACGUUCCUACCUACGAAGAAAAGAUCGUUAUACAACUGGCGAAGACCAACCCAGACUGUCUGAUGGCGUUCUCGGAACUAGGCCCUUCUUACAUGAGCGCAGACGCAGAAGCAGGCGAAAUAGACUGCCAGUACCUUUUCCCGCAAGGCUACAACGUCGCACAAGAAGAGAUCGUGCUGGUUAAGAAGAAAACGAAGAAAAAGGGCAAGCCCAAGCCGUACACGCAAGAAGAAACCGCCUCAACGGCUGCUAGCGACCUCACCAAAGACCAGAGCGAUCUGGAUCAUGAGGAGUUGGAGGAGGUCGAUAGUGAGGAGGAGAAGGUUGCUGGGGAAACUUUGGAGUAUGUUGAGGUGACUGGGGCUGAUAAAGCUACGUCGCCUAUAGAGGAGGAGAAGAUCGAAGAGUAGAGGUGUUCCGUAUACGAAGUGUUUCUUUGGAAAAUGGAAAUACAGCAACAGAAGCAACGAUUCUGAAUGUACCAUUGAUUUUACUGUCGAUGUAUUAUAACAAUGUCGAAUGAUCACAAUCGAAUUUGUAAAGAGCACAAAACAUGUUCUUUUAAUUUUUCCGUAUAGAAUUUUACUCCCAAUAUGUUGGGGGACCACAUUAAGCUACCUUUUAUUCUAUUCCUAGAGUGAAGUUUUGACCAUAGAUCUUUAACGUGGUUUUCGCACAUUUUUAUAAUCAAAUUAGGAUAUUAAAAUAUUGGAUAAA